AUGAUGGUACUUGUUUAUCUCAAAAUGCAGAAGAACAAGCUCCUUGUUAGAUUGAUGCAACGGUUAUUUUCAAUACUGACAUGUGUCUCAUACCCCCAAGGGAUACUCCUAGAAUAUAGCAUAUAUGAUUACUUCAGAGUGCUCCUGGGUACCAUCCCCACCCAGGUAUCAAAAAUAGGGACCCCUGAUACCAUUAUGGAUUUCGAGAAUGUUUGCAAUGAAACUAUCGGGAAAUCUCGUAUGGAAACCAUAUAUGAAGAAAAGGAGAGCAUCGACGACAUCACUGAUGAACUACUAGAGCAAUUGCAGAUCCAACGUCAAUACAGAAACAAACUUGUUGAUGUAAGCAUACAAAUGAGGCAGAAAUAUUUCAAAAUUAAACAAAUUGACGAGGUGUCCCAUACCAAGGUUGAUGAAAAUAAUCCGGAACACUGCAAGUUGUUAUAUGAUCUAUGGGGAGCACUGGACGACAGGGAUUUACCAGUAUCAUUCGCCGUAACAAAAUCCAUAGGGAAGGAAGAUGAGACCGCUUCCAGUUGGGGUGAUUUGGGAUUCCAAACACCUUUGACUGAUUUUAGAAUGACUGGGUUACUGGGACUUAGGAGUUUACAUUAUCUGGUUGUAAACCAUAAGAAGCAAUCUAGGGCCAGUUUGCAAAUAUCGCAAAACAUGGAGGCGUGGUUUCCAUUCGCCAUUACCAGUAUAAAUGUUACGUCAUGGGUUAUGGAAGAUAUUAAGAGUAAUAUGCACGACCCACUCUUCUAUCACAAUGACAUGGAUGGGAUACAUAUAUUGUACGUCUUGCACACUUACUAUUUCUUCAGUUUCGUGAAAUACUGGCAACAGCACGCUUUAACCAGUGUACUCGAAUUCAAAGCCGUAUCAUCGGAGUUCAGAAAAUAUGUAACACAACAAGUCGAAGAAAUCAUACAACAGGUAUUAAACAACAUAACUAUGGGUGACGAGAGAUUUAAAGGAUCGACUCUCCUGAAGGCUAUACAAGAAAAUAUUGCGACAGUAAAAGUGGAGCCGUUGCCCUUAAAAACAUAA